AUGAGGAUUCGCGGUGGUGGCCUCACCGGAGGUAGCCUGUUGUCACACAUCUCGGUGGUGUUAGUCUUGUUGACUAUCUCUAAUGUAGUUUCGGGAGAUACUGGUUAUUUGUAUUCUUCACCUCCGCCUUCUGUGUAUCAAUACAAAUUUCCUCCACCGCCUUCUCCGUCUCCACCACCUCCCUAUGAGUACAAGUCUCCACCGCCACCUGUGUUGUCACCUCCCCCACCGUAUGUAUAUAAGUCCCCUCCACCGCCUUCACCAUCGCCUCCACCGUCAUAUGCUUACAAGUCUCCCCCGCCACCAUCUUACUACUAUAAGUCUCCACCUCCGCCUUCACCUUCUCCUCCACCUCCAUACUAUUACAAAUCUCCUCCACCACCUUCACCAUCUCCUCCUCCACCUUAUUACUACAAAUCUCCUCCGCCACCUUCACCGUCACCUCCUCCACCUUAUUACUAUAAAUCUCCUCCACCACCUUCACCAUCUCCUCCUCCACCUUAUUACUAUAAAUCUCCCCCUCCACCAUCACCGUCCCCUCCUCCACCAUACUAUUAUAAAUCUCCUCCUCCACCUUCACGUUCACCUCCACCCCCCUAUUACUACACCUCCCCCCCACCACCUGUUAAAUCACCACCCCCUUCAUACCAUUACUCAUCACCACCACCACCUGUAAAGUCUCAUCCACCACCAUACUACUACUCCUCUCCACCACCACCCAAGAAUUCACCACCUCCUCCAUACUACUACUCUUCUCCACCACCACCUAAAAAGUCUCCUACUCCAUCAUACUAUUACACUUCCCCACCACCACCACCCAAAAAAUCUCCUCCAUCCCCAUACUAUUACACCUCACCACCACCACCAACUCAUCAUUAUCCUCCACAUUAUGAUCAUUUUGCGGUUAAAGUUGUUGGAAAAGUGUACUGCUUCAACUGUUACGAUUGGGCAUAUCCUAAGAAAUCCCAUAACAAGAAACAUCUCAAAGGUGCAAUAGUUGAGGUAACAUGUAUGGCCGGUGAAAAGAAAAUUGUGGCAUAUGGAACCACCAAGAUCAAUGGAAAGUAUAGCAUUGAAGUUAAAGAUUUUGAUUAUAGCAAAUAUGGAGGAAAGGUAUGCAAGGCUAAACUUCACACACCACCCAAGGGUUCCAAGUGCAACAUCCCUACUAACUUUCAUAUGGGCAUUAAGGGUGCUACACUAAGAAUAAAAUCAAAGACACAUUAUGAAGUCGUUCUCUAUGCAAAGUCAUUUGCUUAUGCCCCAAAGACUCCUCAUGGGGAAUGUGAGAAGCCC